UUGAGUAACCGGUUGCUAAAUUGCUCUUCUUAAAGUUUUAUUUUAAACCUAAGCUUAACCACACUGCUAACAGUAUGCGUAAACCUAACCGUCCUUAGAUUUAGACCAAACCGCAAAUGUUUGUUUUCAUGACUUUUUACGAUAUAGCCAAUAUAAUUGACUUUGUGGCUGCAAUAUCUCGUGGAAACCCAGUGAGAGGGACGUGCAUCAUCUGGGGCAAACAAGAAAGGAUAAUUUAUGUCGAACGAAACCGUCGUAUUUUGUUGUUUAGCAAGCUAGCAAAGGUUGAUAGCUGGCAAGCUGUAACAACCCUGUCACAGACACUCACUCUUCUGUAGUAGCUGGGACGCGAGUUGCAGAAAUGACAGAGCUACGGCACCGCGGAACAACGGAAAACGACCUACUAUAUCAACAAUCCGAAGACAAGGGAUCUGAGAAUGAGGGGAAAGCAGAGAAGGAUGGGGUGUCUGACAGUGAGACCAAGCCUGAUACAGGGCUCCUGGAGGUGCCUGUCCCUGCUGAUGACACCCCCGAGGUCCUCAACAAAGCCCUAUCUGGACUGUCCUCACGAUGGAAGAACUGGUGGGUGCGCGGGAUCCUGACUCUGGCCAUGAUCUCCUUCUUCUUCAUCAUCAUCUACCUGGGCCCCAUGGUGCUCAUGCUGAUUGUGUUGUGUGUGCAGAUCAAAUGCUUCCAAGAGAUCAUCCACAUCGGUUACAGUGUGUACCACUCCUACCACCUGCCCUGGUUCAGAACGUUGAGUUGGUACUUCCUGCUCUGUGUAAACUACUUCUUCUACGGAGAGACGGUGACAGACUACUUCUUUAAUCUGGUGCAGAGGGAGGAGCCGCUGCGCAUCCUCAGCAAAUACCACCGCCUCAUCUCCUUCGCUCUGUACCUCACAGGUUUCUGCAUGUUCGUGCUGAGCCUGUUGAAGAAACACUAUCGCCUGCAGUUCUAUAUGUUUGGCUGGACUCAUGUAACUCUGCUGAUCGUAGUGACCCAGUCCCACCUCAUCAUCCACAACCUGUUUGAGGGAAUGAUCUGGUUCAUCGUGCCCAUCUCCUGUGUGAUCUGCAAUGACAUCAUGGCCUACAUGUUUGGCUUCUUCUUUGGACGUACGCCACUCAUUAAGCUGUCUCCUAAGAAGACCUGGGAAGGCUUCAUCGGCGGAUUCUUUUCUACUGUUGUGUUUGGGAUCCUGUUGUCCUAUGUGAUGGCGGGCUACAGCUUCUUUGUGUGUCCAGUGGAGUUCAACAGCGACCAUAACAGUUUUGAGGUGGACUGUGUACCCUCUGAUCUGUUCCAGCUGCAGGACUAUGCCCUGCCGGCCUCCCUCGAGUCCUUCACUGGAUGGCCCACGGUGCACCUCUACCCAUUCCAGAUUCACAGCAUCUCCCUGUCUGCCUUUGCCUCCCUCAUGGGACCCUUCGGAGGUUUCUUUGCCAGCGGCUUCAAGAGGGCCUUUAAGAUCAAGGACUUUGCCAACACCAUCCCCGGUCACGGUGGCAUCAUGGACCGCUUCGACUGCCAGUACCUCAUGGCCACGUUCGUCAAUGUCUACAUCGCCAGCUUCAUCAGGGGCCCUAACCCUGUCAAGGUGGUCCAGCAGCUUUUAGCCCUGCGCCUGGACCAGCAGCUCAACAUCUUCAACUCCCUAAAGAGCCACCUGACAGAGAGGGGUCUGCUGGUGGAGGCAGCCUAGGGCCACCAUGGCGAGCCGCCCAGGGCCAGGUCAACUUACUGGGGACACAGAGAGGAGGGCAGCCCCCGGCACCAGAAAGCCCUGGAGGUGUGGGAGAAGAAGUGUGGUGCUCGUAUGAGCAAGAACACAUCAGAGAGAAAGUAACUCAAUCCUUUGGGUUAUUCCAUUUUCUGUGUGUGACUGUGAGAUAGUAUAUGUGUGUGUGUGUCUCUGUGUGUGUGUGACUGAGAGAGAGUGAGUGUGUA